AUGCAAAUGAUCCAAUAUGGCGGUGAGGUCUCGUCGUGUUGAUAUGUGUAGUUGAUUCAUCUGAAUUAGCCAGCCCAAAAAUCCUGUAUGAAUUAAAAGAUGCAGGCAAGAGCUGUCGUGCUGAAAAGAGAUGAAAGUGGUCACAGAAUCUGUGAGCUGCGUGAAUCGGUAAAGUGCAUUCAUCAGUGGUAAAAUCACAAGUUUUAAGGUUUUAAUGGAUGUCUAGAAAACACAGACCACAGACCGCAGACCUAGAAAACGCAGACCUCGAAAACACAGACCUCUAAAACACAGACCUCGCAAUUUAAAACGAGUCUUAAGACCUACACAUUUGAUGAAAACAGUUAACGCGUGGCACUUAUUUUCCCUAUAGUUUAUGGCUACUGGUGUGCCUAACUUUGCUUUUUUUUGGUACAUCCAGUUCCAUUUUGAGGUUUUCAUUCUUUACUCAUGCGAGUUCCAGGAGGGAUUCUUUAGAGGACGCGGGUGGUGGGUUUGGGUUUUUUCGGACGGGUGCCGGGUUCCGUGCCGUUGGCAUCCAUGGAUGCCAUAAGCGCAGAUAAAUUUUCAAUGUCGUAGACGUAAUCAUCUUUGUCUAAUUUACUGGCCAUAUUAAACGACGAUAAAAGAAAGGAUAAAGGAGGUGCUAGGUAAAAGGAGUGUAGCACGAAGUGUCGAUUCGCUGGUGCUUUCGCUUACAAGGAGUCUCAACAAUGAACUCAGAAAACAAAGACCACAGACCGCAGACCUAGAAAACGCAGACCACGCAAUUUAAAUCAAGUCUUAAGACCUACAAAUUUGAUGAAAACAGUUUAUGCAUGGCACUUAUUUUCCCUAUAGUUUAUGGCUACUGGCGUGCCGACUUUACUUUUUUUUUGGUACAUCCUGAGUGGCAAAUUGUAAAACACCAGUAAAUGAACAGAAACAACAACAAUGAAAACCACGAAAUUGCAGUCUGUCAGCACUUCAAAGGCCGCUUUGCCCAUUCUUCAGUCCUGUUUCGAUUAACUUAUUUGUCACUAUUGCGUUACUACAUUAGUGGAAAAACCAUGUUCAUAGAAGUAAAGUUGUUGUUGUUUUACUAUGUUAUAAACAGGAACUGGACUACAUCGAAAACAUCGCGGCACAUCACGCAAUCAUAGAUCCUAUAGACCAACAGAGGAAGCCUGCAUUUGACUGUUGCUUGUUCUUGUUGCCAGUCCAGCAAUAGCUAUACGUAAACGCCAAACGGCAAAAAAAAGAAAAAGCAAAGUCGGCACGCCAGUAGCCAUAAACUAUAGGGAAAAUGUAAGCGCCAUGAGUAAACUGUUUUCAUCAAAUGUGUAGGUCUUAAGACUCAUUUUAAAUUGCAAGGCCUGUGUUUUCUAGGUCUGUGUUUUCGAGGUCUGUGUUUUCUAGAGAACCAGGUUUUGAUUUAUAGAUUUUAUAUAUGUUGUAGCAGAAACUGGUUGUAGUUAAUUUUUUCAGUUAUUUUCAUUUUUCCAUUGUUUUUGGGUAUGGUAAUGUAUGCUAAUGAAUUUAAAACAAAGGAAAAACAAAAGUUAACUGAAAUAAAGAAAAUUAACUGCAACAUGUACAUAUACAUACAUGUAGGUGUACUUUUUUGUCCCAUAGAAUAAGAUCCACACUCUUUAUAGUGAAUAAGAUAAUUACAGUAGGCAUAAAUACUGGUGAAGCUGUCCAUAAAAUUUCACAGUGAUAUUAUUACUUUUCCUCGUUUUUGAUCGAUGUCUGUGGUCAGUUCUAUGUUUAGCUUGUGUAGCAUGGUGCAGGCGUUGAACAGGCUUGAGGAUUGGGAGGUAGGGGGAAAAGGAGGGGGAUUUGGGAGAGAGGGAAGGGAUAAGUGCUAUAAGAACCCCUUUCAGUUCAUUUCUGCUGCCACUUUCGUCUGCAAAUUUCUUGAUUAGCUGAGCUGUAAUGAGUACUCUCUGCUGAUUGAUGAAACAAUUCACUUUGACAAUGCAAAAAAAAUUGACGUUACACUAAAUUAAUGCGAAUUUUUCAAAAGUUAGGUUUACAUGCAUUAAAUUAACGCGAGUUUUUUGAUGAGCAUCUUACUUUAUUCAACACAAAAUUGCUGCAUAUUUUACAAAAUCUCAACAUGCAUAAUAUCUCAAAGAGAAAAAGGAGCAUUUAAAGUCAUUGUUAAGCUAUGUAAAUGGAUCUCAGUAUCAAGGAAACACUAUCAAGAUGAAUCAAAAGACAUUUUGAACUCGAUUUUGAAGGAAGAAGUCCUGUCAGAUAGUGACCCUGAGGAGUCAAUAGAAAGGGCUUCUGAUAUUUUGCAUGGUUGCGGAACUGCGAAAUUCAGGUAAAUCCGCAAAAUCCCGCAAAAUUUACAAAAACAUGAAAAAAAUACCACGAAAUUUGGUAGAAAUCUUAUCAGAGACAUGUCUGUAUUGAAACUUUUUUCAGCUAUUGGAGCUAUUUACUUGCCAUAAAUUUGCAAAUUUAUCUUGGAAAUUCGUCACUGACACGUGUAAACAAUGUCCCAAAACUACCAGGUGUAGAUUAUGUUGCGAAAAACUGGGCAUUAGCCCUGAUGUUAAAGGCUUUGCCAUUGGUUGUUGAAAUGUCAGUCACUGUCAACAACAGUCCUUUUCAGGACUACACUCAGCCGGACAAUCAUAUUCCACAUCUACAUUUGUACUUAUGGCAUUCAUUAAUUUAUCAUAAACCUCAUAAUACAGACUAGAUGAGGUUUUAUGCAGAAGAGAGCCUACCACUUACUACCUCCAACUUUUGGGAAAGAAGUGGUUUUGAGAUACAGUUGAACCUACUGCCAUGAGUGGUCACCCUUGAGACCAGAGAAAGUGUUUGCUAAGGAGAGGUGUUUGCUUAAAAGCCUUAAAUGCAGCAUUUUUAUGUCACUGGGAUCGAUGAUGAACAAGUGUCUGCAUACAGGAUGUGUUCUUCAGAGGAGGUUCAACUGUACCAUUCCAUUGAAUCACUAAAUAAUAAUUGCUUUCCCCCCCUGGGGGGGGGGGCACUUGGGUAUUUUUUGGGUGGGUAUGUGCCGCCUGGGACUCCAAAUUGGCACCCCGUUCUAAAAAAAAAUUCCCCUAAAAUUGAUACCCCGUUCUAGAAAUGGGCCAAUUUUUUAUACCCCGUUCUAGGGUGCAACAAGAGUAUAACAGUUUGCUUCAGUAACGCAUUGAGCCGUAUUUUUAAAAGCAAUCUGUCCUUGAAUAAUUUCAAAUGGCUACUUACAAAACUGGAGCUUUCAUGCGUUCGAAAUAUUAUACCCCGUUCUAGAAAACGCCCCUGUUCUAAACCAGGAGCUUUAAAAUCACAACCCCGUUGGGCGGCACAUACCCGUAUAGGUAAUGUAUGGGAGUACACCCCCGGCUUUUCCCCUUGUUCCAUUUAAGGUAAUGAUAUAACUUAACCAUGCUUUAUGUGUCCAUUUAAUAAUAUAAUUUUUUAUAGUUUGAGUGCCCACCACUAGAUGAACUGAGCAUUGCAGUAAAGAUCAAGGCUUGUGGUUUGUCCCUGCCUGACUAUAAGGUGAGAAUGAAUAAUCCCAUUAAAAAUAAUUAAUUCAAAUGUCAGCAACAUUCUAAUGAUACUGAUUCAAGUGCUGUUUUAUGACCCAGAAGUUAGAGUAGCGAAAUUUUUGAAAUAGGGGUGCCAGGUUAAGUUUGUAUUUUUUUAAAAUUAUUAUUAAUUAAUAAUUGCGUGCCUGAGCCUUUUAGGGAGUCAUGGGUACCUAAACUGUCCUGCAGUUGGUCAUUGAUCCCCUUGGGACCACUCUUACAUGUCGUUGCCCCACUGGUGUGUAGAGGGCAGAGGUUGUGUCGUAGUAAGAGCAUUCAGCUCACACAAAUGUGGCCUAGGUUUGAAUACCAGCAUAAAUGCCAUACAUGUGUAUGUUUGUUGUUAGUUCUUAUUCUUGCUUUGUGAGAAUUUCCUCCCGGUAUUUCAGUUUCCUCUUUUUUUUUGCAAAUUCCGAUUUCACCUUGAAUGCACAAACACUCUCAAACAAGUUCUUGAGAGAUCCUAAGUGGUUUGAUAAUGGGUAGAAGUACAUUAAAUAUAAAUUUUAUAUUUUAAAUUUUUAUGAAACUAAGUUUUCAGCUGCAAUGAGUGUCUUCAGUUGAUGCACCAAAGAUUCUCCUCAGUUAAGUGUGGAAAGCCAUCUGUACACCGGUUCCUUGAUACACCCAUGCAUGGCUCUUCAUUGAGCAACACAUUUAGGACUGGUAGCUCUAGUUGUCCACCAUAUAGAGAUUAAAGCGACUGCUCAUUAACAAGAUCAUGCUUAGAAAAAAGACGUCUUAGUAACUUCUGAUAAACUGCUAGAAGAGAGUUUCCUUACAGAUUGCUUUGUAUUUACUUGUCAAAACAAAAGGGGAAUAAUCAAGAAUCACUAAGGGCCUCAUUCUUCACAACCUUUCAAUCAGUUUUAAAAUUUUGCCGAAACAAUCAAGACACUGAUAUUUCCUUUAAAGAGGUAUGGGACUAUCUGGCGUACAAUGUGCUUUAAUGAAGAGACAAUGAUCAUGCUUACCAGGCUCCUGAAAGGCUUGAAGUCUUUUGUCCAUUGUUUUUUUUUUAAAAAAGAGUUUAAAUAAUAGUAAUUCUAUCCUGUUCUAGAUUUUAGAGGAAUUCAAACUGAUUAGCAAAAAGGAACAUCCAUUUGGAAGAGAAAUAUCAGGAGUUGUAACAAAUGGUAAAAAAUUCAUCUUUAUAAUAAAUUUAUAAAAAUAAAAUGUUCUUAUUUUUUUAUAAAAUUAUCAAUUUUUGUCCUAUUUGAAAGUAUAAUAUACAGUGUAUGUAAGAAUACAUGUAACUUACACUAUCGUUUUUUUCUUUUGUUGUGUUUAGUUGGAUCUGCAGUGACAAGAGUAAGCAUUGGAGAUGAAGUGGCAGGUAGGUGCAGUGGGAAUUGAAUUGGGAGGACUGUUUACUACCACAGGUAGACCACCCUCUGUUCGUGUGGCCAUUAUUGUUAUUGAAAUUUGAGCAUCAAUCUUUUCUUCUCAAUAGAAGAAAUACAAAUGAACAUUACAGCGACCUCCAUUUACUCCAUGACACGGAUGUGACCCUUAAUGUUCAGGUGAAAUUCAAGCGAAAAUUAAUGUGGUCAUUUGCCACUACACAGGCUAUAAAAGUCUAGGAUCAUGUGGGGUCAGUUUGAAAAUCUUCAAAGCUUUCUCAAAAUGGCUGCAACACCCCCCCCCCCACACACACCCCCCUUACAGGUAAUAAACGACCAGCCCUUUAGCAUAGUGUAUUUCAACCCAGCCACUCUCACAGGAAUCAAAUCCCUCUCUACGAUCCCACUUUGGCCACAAGAUGGAGUUAUUCUUGGUAGUCACAAGUUUAGUUCCUCAGUUGAACUUGUUUGUAGCCAACUGGUUUGCCUCCAGCCAGAUGGGAUUAUUACUUGCAAUUUUAACCACAAUAUGUUUCUUGCUUUUCUUUUUGUGGGCUAGAAAUGCAAACUGCUGGAACACAAGUAUUAUUGUGUCACCUAAGUCAGCAUAACCAGCCAAAGAAAAUUUAAUUUAAUAAUGAAACUAAGCAAUAACGUUUUGUAGAAUAAGACAAUAUUAGACAGGUCUGACAUUACCAUGCACACAUCAUCACUGUUACUUCAUGACUUAUUCUCAUUAUUCUUAUCCAACAGAUAUCUAUUUGAAUCCUAUAACACCUUACUUAUAUUUCAUUGACACUUAACCAAACUUUUUGAAAGAGAUUUUAUGACCUGAUACCCAUCAAUGUCUUCCACCCACACUCAACUGACAUUGUCCUUGACUGGAUUAAUUGUUAAUGAAAUGAUUGACUGUGUGAUGAGUAUCAGUUUUGUCACAACUAAAUAUCCCAGGAACAUAUAGUACUCAGGUACAUUCUAUAAUAGAGGCAGGGAGGUGUGAAUAACCACAUAUCAUUUAAUUGAAAGCUUUAAACAGUACAACACAUAAUUUUUUGUAACUCUUUUUCUCCACCUUCCAAAUGCAGGACUUCUUCCUUUAGAUUCAGCAUCAGCUGGCUGUGCAACAUUCUGCGUGAUGUCACAAUUUGAUGUAGGUUAGUGUCUGAAAGAUAGCAUUAUUUGUAUUAUGAUGCCUUGGUCUGUGUUUUUUUGGGCUGGGUCAGUGCAAAGUGGUAGUUGUCUAUAACUAUAGUGAACAUCACAAACGAGUUUCAUUUUACUAGGACUGGGUGGCCAGACCAGUCCAGUUGUCAGGAAAAAUUCCACUAUUAAUCAGGACUAACCUGUUUGGGUUAAUUUCAGUUUUAUGAGAAUCAGUAAGAACUUUUCAGACUUAGACUGCUCUGAAAAGAACAAUGACUUUGAAACUUAACUAAAAUACUUUGCAGUAAUCAAACUCUCAUAGAACUGAUUUUAAAACAAAAAUUAUGGAGUUAUUUUUAAACUGCAGCUUUAAAACCAAAGAGGACACCUUUUUUAUGUUUACAUGAGUAAAUAUAUGGGUAUCUCAUGAGUAAGAAUGGCAAAAAGUGUCAUUGCAGAGAGAGAUUACUUGCCAAUUUUUACUAUUGAAAGAACUGAAUAGCUGCACCUUAAGCCAGGUAUAUCAAUAUGGAUUGUAACGGCACUGUAAAUCAUCAUUUUUGAUUAUUGAAAAACAAAAAGUGAAAAAUACAUUUUUUGGAUGCAAAGUUUUGAAAACAUUAUAAUUAUUUCAAAAAUGCUCUCUAAUGUUAUUUCAAACCUUGCAAAGGUCUAGACUGUUGACAGGUUAGUGGAUUUUGACAGACUCAGGGUGCAAAGAAAGUCAAUUUUACAGCUUGCCCUUCGGGCAAGCUGUAACUAACAUCUACUAGCCCGAAAGUCAUUUUUACUAGCCCAAAAAUUUUUUUUCGCGAGCAGAAUGAAUAAAUAUUAAUUGAUUAUUCCUUUCUUAAUUACACUGUAAGUUAAUAAAUUACUGGCUUCAUUUAUUCAUUACAAUCAGCUGUAGUUAUUUAACAAAAGCAAUAAAUAAUCGUGAAAGUGUGAACUAUAAGUAGACCUGGUCAGAUACUCUUGACACACUAGUAAAAUAAUUCAGUGUUCACCUUUUGAUUGUAAAUGCCUUUGUCCUGAAAGUCAAUUCACAGUGAAGCUAACAGAAUGAAGGUCCAAAUAACAGACAAACGUUUGUCUUUGAACACAAUACUAAAAACUACGUAUUACUGGUUAACCUCUUGUUAAAAUGUUCAAAUACUCAAUCUUCUGUAACGCUCUGAGUUCAACGCAAUAUUCACUCCCGAUGUCUUCAACUAGUUUGAUUUUUUGCUGCUUUGCUCUCGGUGCUGCCACACUGUAAAUUUUUUCUAAGUCCACCACAACAUGUGAAUGAUUAACAUGCAUUUUAGACAUUUUACAAUUUAGAAAAACAUUUUUUAGGAAAAAAAAAAAGGCGUUGAAACCGUGAAACCAAAGUUCUCAACGGACACACUAAACGACAGCGUAGACAACGCGAAAAGCUGUCAGUGAAAACGCUUCAUUCUACAAUUUGCCGCGCAAUUUCCCGCUGGAGUAUUUCUUAGCCGCUGACAGGGGAGAUGUUUAUAUUAUUUAAGGACAUAAAAAUUUGAUAGCUUUCAUCAGUUUGCUUCACAUUCAAAAGCAGUGCAUUCUGAUGAUCAUUUUUCUGAAGAAGGUUUGUUUGGCAGUCGGUUUUCCGAGUCAAGUUUCAAGUUCACGGGAAAGUGGAAAGUGCGAGUGCCAAGUCACGCAUCAGUGAGCAAAUAUCAUGCAAACAAAAAUUCUGCAAAUUUGUGGUUCAUCUUGUUACAAGUAACCAAAGGUUUAAGGUUUCAAAAGAACAAAAAUGUUCGUUUUAUUUGUGGCAUCUUUUCAUCUGAGAGAUUUUCGUGAAAAGUGAAAACAAUCCGGGUUGUCUAUAUAUUUUAAACAACAAACACCUACAGUAUCAGUGUUUAGAAUUUACCAUACUGAUAUGCACGUGACCAAUAUUUGCUAAAACCAUAAUAGAUUCGCACACAGGAGUUCAGGAUCAAAACCUUUAGGUUCCUCACAAAUGAUUAUGAAACAAAAUUUAGACAAACAGCUUUCUCUGAAUCAGUAAAAAUUAGUCACGGGCAACAUUUACCUCCAAAGUUUUUUUAAUAUCUGCUUUUCCUUUACACGCGGGUGACAAAAUCCGCCGCGCCUAAGCUAAUGAAGGAAAGUCUCCUGGAAGGCUCCAUACAAUUCCUUAUAACAAAAUUAUAAGGAAUUGUAUGGAGCUCUCCGGGAUACUUACAGUGCAAGCCCUGUGUGUCUUCUCAUGAUAUGUCUCGUCUGACAUGUAAUGCGAGACUUCGUCUUGUUUAUGCAGAUUUCACUUCGUCGGAGCGACUUUCGGUCCGCAGGAAUUUAUUAGGAAUUUAAAACAUUUUGUCUUACAGUACUUCUGUAAUUUUACUUCUCCGAAAAAUCUUCACUUGCCCGUCGGGCAAGUUAAGCACAGAAUUCACUAGCCCGAUCGCAAAAUCCACUAGCCCCGGGCUGUCGGACACGACUUUCUUUGCACGCUGAGACUAUUCCUAGAUUUCAAGAAAAUUCCCACUUUAUAGAUUUCAUGUCAUCAUUAUUCUGUUGCUAUGGAGGUGGCGAUGUCAACAAAAUAUACUCUUAAAUUAAGUUCAUUGUUAGAUAUUGUGUAUCAAUGGUGUUUCACUUUGCGGCUUUUUUGUAGAUGCACUAUAGCCAUGGUUAUGGGGCAUCAAACACAAAGGAGUGAGACCUUGGGUGCGAGCCUCUUUUAUUAAACCCUGUGAUUCUUAAGCUUGAUGAUUAUUCUCUUGUUGUUAUCUCUUCUUAGUCAGAAAACCUGAAAAAAUUGAUCACAUAGACGCUGCAGGUUGUAUUGGAGAUGUGGUCAGAGCUUAUACAGCACUGCAUUAUCAAGCUAGAGUGUGUGGUGGAGAGACUGUUCUCAUAUUCAAUGGUGCUUCAGUAAGUAAAUGGGAUUUGUAUUAGAACUCAAUAUGAAGACCUGCAGGGAUUGAAAUAAUGGCCGGUCAACGGGAAAUGUCAUUACAAAGUAGACUCUGUUCAGUCAAAUCCUUGGGUGACCAGACACUUGGUCGGUUACGCAUGUUAAUGGAAAGUAAGUUAUAACUUUUGAAGUUAGAUAAGGUUAGACAUUAUCGGCGUUCGUGAAGAAAAAAAAAAAGGGGAAAAGACAGAUGUGACCAGACCAAGAACUAUUUUAAAUUAAAUGAUUCACAAUGGGGCUGUUUCAAUUCCCGGGCGUUGCCGCUUGGAUUUUACAGUAAAGUGACGGUAAUCCUAGAUGAAUUGUUGUGCCAUGUAAUGACUUUGACGUGGGAGCAUGUGAAUAUAACCAAGAGAUCGUAAUAGGACAGUGCAGAGUGGGAGUCUAGGGGCGUUAGCCGGGAAAUUUUAAUUUCCAAAAAGUUAUCUUUAGAAACUAUGCCGACCAUGCGGAAACAGUUUUCACACGGUUGCUUUUACGGUCACCUUUGAAGGAUCUGCGCGCUUGAUUUUCAUCGCUUAUUCGCUCCGCAAUGCUAGUUCACCACUUUCAUGUUGCAAUUACAGUUUCUCAUCGUCCCGCCAUUUAGGCCGCCAUUUUUUCAUUUGUUGACUCUGCCUCGCUUUCGCGCACGGAAUCAUGAUAGCGAGUUUCCCGGAAGUAAACCAGUUUACCGGAAACUGUUUCUGCAUGAACUGCAUAGUUUCUAAAAAUAACAGUUUUGAAAUUAAGAUAUCCCAAAGGCAUGACUGGGAGACUCUGUCUGUGUCCUAUUAUGAUCUCUUGAUAUAGCUUAAGAACUGAAGAAUAUGACUGAAGCGAGAGUUGCAUGCACAAAUGCAAUAUUCUAAUUUGUUUUUUCGAUUAAGCAGAAGUUUGCAGUUGUCCCUAAGGGGCCACUGUUCCAUGUUUUCCACGCUUGCUGUAUUUAGUGCAAUGCUUCGUUAAGAGCUUAGUAAAAUUGUUUCACGAUUUUUAAACAUCAUGCGCGGGUGGCGUGAUAGUUAUUUGUCCGGCUAAAUCCGAGUUGUGUACGAGCAAAAAUAGGUUUGGCCAGGCAAUUUGACCAGCGCCAGCCGUAAAAUUAUUCCAAGCCCCGAUAUGAACCUCAGGGCUGCUGAUGCUUAGGUUUUGAGAAACUGUCAAGUAAACAUUCUUCUUUUCAUUCGCAGGCUUCUGGAGUUAUGGCAAUACAACUUGCUCACAUUUGGGGGGUUAAGGUACACAUGCUUUUUGACGUUUACAAUAAUUUAUAAUAUCAAACUGAGUAACGUAGUAGAUUACCGAAAGAAAGGGUGACGCAGUGAACACUGUUGGAGUCAAUAAUUUCCACAAUUUUACGCCGUUAUUAAUGAGUUUCUUCUCCGUAAACCCUUGCUUUCAUGUAGGUGCAGUAAUGCACAUGUUACGCUGUAAACCAGCUUUGCAACGUUCGUCUCUUAUUUUAAGUCGUAGAAUAAUUUGGACCAGAUUUCCUUAAUUUGAAUAAGUUUUACUGAAAGGCAACGCGCAACGCAAGUCUCUGACACUUCCUGAGCGCUUUGAGGAAAUACAAACUAACAUCGACGGCAAGGACAUUCUACCUUCAGACGAACUGAAAUUGCUAGGAUUAAAAAUAGACAAUGAACUGAAUUUUACUUCACAUUUUCAAUCUAUUUGUUAAAAGCUAGUAGCAAAAUAGCUGUUUUGUCGAGGCUUAAAAAUAUUAUUCCUAUAAUUAUAUCGAUGCUAAACUACACAUAUAUAAGGCUACCAUACCACCUAACCUAACAUACUGUCACACUAUAUGGCACUUUUGUAGGAAAUCAGACGAGAGAAAAUUAGACAAGCGUUUACUUAUGAUGAACUGUUAAAGAAACCCAAGCUAUGACUUCUCUGUUUUAAUUCUUUCACUUCCAAAGCAAAUCUUCUGGGCUGACGGGUAAAUACAGAGAGGAUCCGCCACUGUGGUUUCCGGUAUUAAUAUGUUUUUGCACCAGAAAAGAGGUUGUCUGUUGAUCAAUUUUUCAUUCCGAAGUCGAACGUUGCGUAGCUCGCCUUUUUUUUCCAUGGCGCCUUUCUAUUCUGUUGCACAACCAAGGCAUCAUGCUACUCUAACAAGUGCAAGUGCACCCCAGCUUUUAAGAUUUCAGGACUAAUCACGUCAUGUUUGGUUUGGUUUGUAGGUCCUUGCAACAGCGUCAUCAGAGGAAGAAGUUAUUUACCUGGAAAGUCUUCAACCAUCUAUAGGUAAGUGAAAGAUGUUUUUUUCAGUCUGUGAUGCAAGCAGCUUAGAUUGGAAGGAAACAUCCGAGUGCUCCCAACAGGUGUUGAACCUAUGACCUUCUGGUAACUACUUAUGUUGACACACCCACUUUAUAAAUAAACUAAGCAAGUUGACAUGAAAUGUAAAAUAAGUUCGUAUAUUUUGUAACAUUGCUUUGUAAUAACUUCAGUCCAUCUUCUUGUGUUGUUUAUAUAGAUUUAUCUUCCUUUUCCUUUCCUCUUCUUUAUUUCUUCUUUUUAAUUACUUUAUAUUUUCCUCUGUCCGCCUCGAUUAGCCAAGCUAUUUGCGAGCAGAGGAUGCUUGUGUUCAUAUAUUUGUUUUAAUUUAAUAUAAUUUGUACCUUAUGAAGUUUAAUUAAUAAUAAAACCGGUAUCAUGAACUAUAGGUAACUAACUAUUGAUCUGCUUAUUUUGGGUAAUGCUAAUUUUCUUAACCAUCAAUAGUCCUCUAAAUCUUGCGUAUGUGUUUUUUUUUAGCAAAUGUCAUAGACUUAAGGAAAACAAAGAAAUCACUUGUUGAUAUCUGCAUGGACGAAACUGGAGGACUUGGUGUGGACUGUGUUAUUGAUAAUGGAGGUAACUGCUAUUUCAGUACUUAUCUCCGUCUUCUUGUCUGCAUACACGGAAAAAGUGUUGUGAAUUUUCUUUCUGACAGUUGUUCGACAAGAUGACGAAGUCAAGGAACAAGGUGACGUGUCCAGUUUAAGUAGUAAAAAUCCUUUACCUUCCAAACAUGAUGUAAUCUGUUGUCUUGCCGUGGCUGGAAGAUGGAUCACUUCUCUUCAGGAUCUACAGGUUGGUAUCAUCGUCUCUGCCCAUCUUGUUGUACAAGUGCUUUACCGACAUGGUGCAAGGCUUCACAAACGGACGUUUCGAGCUUAGACGAAGGGUUAACUCUCGAAACUACAGUCGAACCUCCCGUAAGCGAGCAUCCCAAAUGCGAAGAUUUAGACUUUGCUUUAAUACGAGGAUGGACCCACCGGGGUUUCUUGCGAUCUACUUUUUGGAAGACAAUGUAUUGCGUGCAAUUAUAAGUUACGAUACGUGUCACUGAAGAUUUUCGUAUGCUCAAAGUGGCGUAGUACAUACAGCGAACAAAGGGAUCACACGAUGCACACUAAGAGGCUAAAUACGAUGGAAAACUAUAAAAAGCCAGCCCAAAAAGUGGUCGCGGUCGCUUACGAGAGCUUCUAACCAUAGGGCUUUUGGAAUUUGGUGUUUUGAAUGAGGUCGCUUAAGGGGGGAGGGGGAGGGGGGUGGUAGCUUACAAGAGGU